AUGAAGAUGCCGCACGUGCCGGCCAGCCUGGCCGCCAAGCAGUUCCUCGAGCACAGCGUCGAGGCCUGGAUAAACCCCCGAAUAUACGCCAAGGUGGACGCAGAGGCGGUGCGUUCGUUGGGCGACUACCGGCGCGCCCCUGGCGGCGGCAGGCCGCACCACCACGGACAACAGCCGGCCACCGCCGCCGCCACCAACGGCGCCAGGCACUCCACCGCCAAUGGCAACAACAACACGGCCAACAAUAACAACAAUAAUAACAACCGGCGCCAGCACCACGACAACGUGCAGAUGGUGGCAGCCGGCGAGGAACAGUCGUCCCGCGGGCAGAGGAGGCGGCCGUCGCUGGAGGCGUCGGGUGGCGCCAGCGUGUACACGUGCAACUCCUCGCAGGCGUCCGCCGCGGCUGCCUUCUUCGCCAGGGCGGCGCAGCGGCUGUCGCAUUCGCGCUACUCGCACCACCACGGCCACCACCACCAGCAACAGCAGCAACAGCUGCAGCAGCAGCUGCAGCAGUUCCAUCAGCAGCAACUACAGCAGCAGCAGCAACAACAACAGCAACAGCAGCAGGCGGCGGCCACCAGCUUCUACGAGGCGCUCCGACGGUCCCCACCACCGCUUCCAGCCGCGCUACUGCGCAGGCUCGGGGCCAAAGAGGCCCCAGCUGUCGGGAAGGUGAAGGUGCUGCUGCGGGUGCGCGGCGCGACAGUGGACGCGGCGGAGCCUGGGGGCGGCGUGGGUGGAGGCGGCGAGGCGGCCAGCGGGCAGGAGGGGUCCGCGUCUGCGUCCAUCCUGGCGGUGGACCGGCGCAAGAAGCAGGUGGCGCUGCACAACCCGGGCGCGGCCGCGCUCGCCGGCGGCGUCACUCCAGGGGGACAGCAGCCACCGGACGACCGGCGGCCCGGCGUCUCGGCGCCCAAGAUGUUCGCCUUCGACGGCAUCUACUGCGACGAUGACAGCCAGAGCGAGGUGUGCUCCUGCGCCCUGACGGACGUGCUGCACGCUGUCAUCAGCGGCUCCGAUGGCUGCGUCUUCUGCUUCGGGCAUUCCGGACUCGGCAAGUCGCGCACGAUGGUGGGCAGCCCGGAGGACGCGCCCUCGCUGGGCGUCAUCCCCUGCGCCAUCUCGUGGCUGUUCCGCGCCAUCGCCGAGCAGAAGCAGCGCAGCGGCGCCCGGUUCUCUGUACGCGUGUCGGCGCUGCAGCUGCACGACGACCGCGUCGCCGACCUCCUCGCCUCGCACGACACCUCGGACGUGGACCAGGCCCCCGGCGUGCUCCUUAGCGACGACCCAGAGACCAGCGAGCUGCGGGUCCCCAGUGCAGAGCGCGCCGCCUUCUACCUGGACGAGGCGCUGGCCGAGCGCACGCCGGGCGCCCUCAUGCUGUUCCGUCUGCACCUCUACCAGUACCGCGUCGCAUCCAGGGGCCAAGCAGUGGUCGGAGGUCGCAGCAGGCUCCACCUGAUCGACGUGGGCGGCGGUGACCGAUCCAAGGCGGGCGCGGGGCUGUCGGGUUUCGGCAACAUCCUGCUCGCCAUCCUCAACAGGCAGAAGCACCUGCCUCUCAGGGAGCACCGGCUGACGCAACUGCUGCGCGAGUGCCUGGGGUCGCUGACGUGCCACGCGGCCAUGCUGGUGCACGUGUCUGCACGCGCACACCACUACAGCGACACGCUGGCCACGCUGCAGCUGGCGGCGCGCAUUCACCGGCUGCGCCACCGCGCCAACAAGUACGGCGGCCCGCGGUCCGGCAUCUCGUGGGAGGUGUCGGCGCGCCUGCAGGAGCGAGUGGCGGGCCACUCGACGGGCAGCAGCGAGCUGGAGCCCUCGAGCAGCGAGCAGUCGGCCGACACCGUCAUCUACCUGGGCAGCAGCAGCGGCUGCGCGGCCGACGACAGCGCCACCGACGGCGAGCACCCGCCGCUCUACCGCACCGCAGCUGCAGGCGCGAGGUCUUCCCCGACGAGAACUGCAAAGGCGACGGUGAACGGGCAGGGCAGCUUGUCGCCGCCGCCAGCAGAUGUCUCUGCCGCCAAGGGCAGUCCUCAGCACCAGGCCAAAGGGUCGCCUACCCGCGCCGUACACCACCAGCGGCCGGCCAGGGGCGCCGCCGAGGACUCUAUCAACGAGGGCGCGACCCUCCACAACGGCCACAACCACAACCACGCCUACAACAACCACAACCACACGACGACGCUGCCGCGCCGGCACCAGCGCAGCCCGCCGCAGGCGCCAGACGCGAGCCCGCAGCACAGAGCGCCGCCGCUGCAGCAGCAGCUGCGCGCGCAGCGCCUCGCCGGCGCCUUCCCCGCGGGCUUCCUGAAGGCGGCCGCGGCGGCCGCCGCUGCGGCAGCGGCGCACGACGAGCGCUGGAUCGACGGCCCGCGCGUCUCCAGGAGCAGGGUCGCCAGCGACGCCAAGUUCAUCGCCGGCAAGAGGGAGACCUGGAUCGACGGGCCGCUCAAGGUGGAGGACGUGACGCAGCCGCAGUCGCAGCCGCAGGCGCUGAUGAACGGCUACAAGAGCCACGGCGGCGGCGGCCCGGCGACUUACGGCUACAUGGACACGCACAAGCAGAGCAUGAUCAAGCGCUGGGUGGAGAACCAGACGCUGCAGGCGCAGCGGCAGCUGCUGCUGCAGCAGCGGCCUCCGGCCACGGGCGCCGGCGCCGACGAGGACACGGGCGCCGAGGCCGACGACGACGCCGCCACGCUGACGAGCACCAGCUUCGUCAGCGACGAGGGCAGCGAGCCGCCGCCGCCGGCGCCCGCCGCCGAGCACCUGUUCAGCGCGCUCGUCUCCGGCCUCGCCACCGCCGGCGGCAAGGCGGCCGUCCUGCCAGACGAAGAGGAACUCAAGAUCGACUCCAGGGAGGUCGAGGGCAUGGAGGAGACCAGCACCGAGGACGACUGCCGUAACCUCUACAACGACUCGCUGAACAAAGAGUUGUCGCUGGACAUUCGGCUCCAUUCACUGCAUGAAGCCGAACACCAAAUGGAGCUGAUAACAAGUGAUCAGGACGAAGAGGUGAUUGAAGUUGAAGAACCAGCUGAGCCUGUGGAGACGCAAGAUUCUUGUUUACAGGUGACGGAAGACGACAUAGCGUACUGUUUGGCGAGGCCCUUCUGUUCGCCGGUGGGAGAGGAACGGGAAUGCGCCGAGGACCAUCCGCUAAGGAUUCUCAGUGAAGAGAACCUGACUGUGGUGUCAACAUUCACUGACUCGCUGUCGAUUACGACGGAUUUGGAGGCGCAGCGCUUCUGCACGAGCGGCGCUGCCUACCAACCGAGCGCGGCGUCUCUGGCGGACUUCCGGACGGAGUCGUCCUCGGGUUUCCGCGGCCACCUGUUGUACCGGCAGCAGCAGCAGCAGCAGCAGCAGAACCAGCAGCAGCACAGCGGGGGCGGCUCGCCCGCAGACUCGGACGACGAGCGGACGCUGCGCAGGCACCCGCUGCCACCGACCACCGCCGCCGCCGCCACCCCCGCAGCCCCUGCCGCCGCCUCCUCCACCCCCACGGCGCGGGCGCCCGCGGGGGCGGCGGGUUCUGCGGCGCGCCGGGCGCCCGCCGGCUUCGCGUCUCCGCAGCUGAGCCGGCGGCUGCGACCCACGCCUCGGUGCCGCUCGCUCACCGACGUCCCCAGCGCGGGCUCCGCCGUCUUCGAGGCGCAGCGCAGCAUGCGGCGGUCGGCGAGUCCCCAGCCGUCCCCAGGGCGGCGGCUCCUGCACAGGACACUGUUGCUGCGAAUGGGCUGCAGCGGAGCUGGCGAAGGCUACGGGGGCGGCAGCGCCUGCGGGGGCGGCAGCGACCUGGCGGCGCUGCGACUGCCGGACGGCGCGUCCAACCCCAACAUCUGCAGGGAGCCGGGCAACGGCGCCUCCGGCUCCGACACGGAGGAGGAGGCGGCUGCGGGGGCGGCGGGGGCGGCCACGCCGGAGGCGGGGGUGGGGGCGGGGGCGGCGGAGAGCGCUCUGACGCUGCACAAGGCGCCCUCCGAGGACGUGACCUGCUGCAAGGACAGCUCCGGCUACGGCAGCCUGCCCACGGACGGCUACAGCUCCGCGUCCACACGGCUCUCGGACCUCGAGCUGCGAGCCACCUCGCGCACAGGGUCGUCCGCGGAGGUGCUGCAGUACUGCCGCGAGGACGUGGCGCGGCUGGAGCGCCGCUGGACGGAGGUGCGGGCCGCGCGCGUGCGCCAGCUGCGGUGCGAGCAGGCCAGGCUAUGCCGCGAGCUGGCCGCCGCCAAGGAGAGGCUGCUGCUGCCGCCGCACCGCUGGCGCUACGAGCUUCAUGUGGAGGCAAGCAUGGACCAACGUGACCCAGCAUUCGUAGAAGCUCUGGAGAGGGAAACAGACAUCCUUCGCAAACGUGUUGAUGCCUGCAAGUCGCGCGUGAUGUUUGUCACCUGUUUUGACUGUGUGCCACGUACAUCAGCUUCAGAUGACUCGAGCAGUUCAUGAAACGAACACUCAUCCCAAUGGCUGGAUGGACAUCAGACUGUGUUAGACUCUUCAGUGAUUACUGCAAGUGUUUGUUUACAAAAAGACAAUGUAGGCAGUGUUUGAUGAACCAUGACCGAAUGCAUUACUGAGCUGUCCAUAUAUGCAGAGAUAUUUCACAUGCCUAGGUGUCUCCUUUUAAACUUUGCCCAUUUUUCACAAAACUCUUAGUAGUUGAAAAAUGUAAAAAGGGUAAUAUUGCACUUCCUGUGGCAGCACCAUUCAGAAUCUUCAGUUUUGAUAGCUGACUCAUAAGUACUUCACCAAACGUCGAGAUCCUGUACAAGAACCAAAAUCAUUCUUAGCUGCAGUGACUUUCAUUUUUUCUUUGUGAAGAAUUUAUACUCUCAUCUCAUCCACAAAUGCAACCAGGGGAAUAGUUUCUUAAAUUACUGAGCAUUGUUUUCAAUGAGGUAGUGUCUCUAAAACCUAGAAUGUUGACAAAGAUUCACCAAAAACACUUCAGUGCCACUGCUGAUUUUCUUACACUCCAAAGUUCUGCCUUGAAAAUGGAGGGCUUCAACAGCUCUCAACCAACUUUGUGGGCACCUCACAUUGACAAGUUUUAGCAUGUGAAGGCUACAAUAGUUGACAGUUUUUUUGGGAAGCUAGACAGUUUGAUUGGACCAUUGACUUGGUACACUAGCAUGUAGUUCUCCUGAUAGCCUUGGGGACCCUUCUAAUACCAUCCCAUACAUCCAGCAUGGAGGCUCCUCAUUACAUGGCCCCUAUCUUCUUCUUAUCUAGCAACAAGCCGUUCAGUUGCUGAGAGUGUAUAUUGGUUAGUUGUACAUUUUUAUUUCUCUUACCAAAUUUGUGGCUUGUGCAUUUAAUUUCACACUCCACCAGUCUCAUUUUGAUAUCUGUUGUUAUACCGCUCAAACUUAGACUGUCUUUAUAUUGAUAUCAUAGCCCUUCUGUCACUAUAGAACUAAAUACAGUAUUUACAAUUCAACACCGUCUAAAAUUCUUGCUGGUCACUUCAGCCCCCUGAGCACUUUUCCUUAAAUGACAAGAUUAGGUGCCUCCCACGUAUAAAGAAUUUGCAUUUCACAAACGUUCAGGUCCUCACAAGAACUGUCAAUAAUGAGCUUAAGACCAAAGAAGUGAAUCAUUUUUUUUAGUGACUUAACACAGAUCCCCAAGAAACCCAUCUAAAGUGAGAAUAUCAUAAGCUGUUGUCACUCAUUUGUCCCAUCUGCUAUGUCAAGGCACCAAAAUGAUUACCUAAUUAAAUGAUAAAUCACCCUAGCUGCUGUCUUAUUGCUUAUGAGGCUCAUAGUCCAUCAUGAAGCAUAAUUUACAUUUGAGGGGGGGAGGGGGAGGAGGAGGACUUACAGACAUACCUUCAGCUUACUGGCUCUAGUUCACUACACCGAGCUAAGAAGGUCAAAAGUCUAUCUCUUACAGUCCCUUUUUGUAUGUAUCAUGAUUUCCUUCUUGGGAGUGGUUCCUAGAGAUGAAUCUGAAAUGUAAUACCACUGGCACUCUUAAUAUGCUGUAAUGAUUCUGUUUAACAUUCAUUCAAUCCUCCUUUUGUUAACAGAUGGCUACUUUUAUCAUGCAACAAUUUUUUUUAUGAUUGUGAUGAAAUAUACGUCUGCUACACAAUAGUAAAUGAAUUUAUUGAAUGUCUGAAACUCUUUGUUACAGCCUUAGCGAAAACUCUACAGUGGUAUCUAUUGUGUUGUCUCACAAUCCCCACCCCCUCGCCAAAUUUUAUCAGAUCACAAACCCUGGUUACAGUGUCAUAUGCAAUUGGUAAGGUAUUAUAUGCAGCAGCAGGACAGACAUAAACUAAGAUUACAAAUUCUUUGUUUGCCACAGAUGAAGGAACUGUGAUGUUUAUUAAUUUAUAGUCCAUAAUAUAUUCAGAUUCACAUUUAUAUUCCAUAUAAAAUUCUAAGGAUAUUUUACAGUCAGAGUCAAGAUGAAUUCUACAGUCAGUUUGAGUAUCUCUUACAGAUGGUAGCCGUAAGUAAAUGUACAGAUAGAAAAUUGCAUUUGCAAAACUAUACCAUGAUUCUAUGAGAUGAUUAUUUUGUAUGACAAACCAUGUUUAAUGUUUUAUAAUUGCUGUUCUGAAAUUUGUAUUCUGAAAUACUGAGAAAGCAAUGGCAAGAACCUCUGCAACACGACAUGAUGACAUUGUAAUGCAAACACUUCAGUUAGCUUGUGUAUGGUUAAAGAAUUUGUAUGAAGUGUAAACUAGCGGCACCUGCUUGACUUUUAUAAUGCAGUGGGCAUUUCAAUAUACGACAGCUAUUCCAUAUUAUAGUCAUCCUCCUGAAAAUCAGUUUUGUAAAUCGAAAAAUUAUAUUUGUUGAUCUUAUGUAUCACCAACAUGCCUAAGAUGAUCAUAGAACUGUGCAUAGUGAUUAUGUGUCUUAAUAUAAGUAAAGUUACUGAAUGACAAUCACAAGAGUACCAACUUGAGUAAUAUAUGGGAAAGUUACUGACAUAAAUAGACACUGGUACAAGUAUGAGCAAAGCAGAUUUACUAUGUCAUGGCUGUUACUUUUUCAUGGGUACGUUAAAAUGGGAACAAGGAUGAACAGUAUUCUUGAACAGGUGUACAUAUGGUAAAUUUUGGAGACUCCAUAUUUAUAACUUUGUAAAAAUCAUUCAUAAAUAAAUUAUUGUGUAUUUAUAUGAAAGUGUGAGAUAUGAACUAUUUGUAAAGAAUAAAA